AUGACCAAACGACGAGUCACGUAUUAUUACGACCCGGACAUUGGGGCUUAUACUUAUGGCCUCACUCAUCCAAUGAAGCCGCAGCGCAUGCGCAUCACCCACGAACUUGUGUCGGCAUACAACAUGCUCCCGAGAAUGCAGGUCCUGAGAGCCAAACGUGCAACACCAGAAGUCAUGACCAAGUUCCACACCGACGAAUAUGUGCACUUUCUCUCAAGAGUCACUCCAGAAACUGCACAACACCUCACGUAUCAGGGAACGCGUUUUCUCGUCGGUGAAGACAACCCGCCGUUCGAAGGAGUGUUCGAGUUCUGUUCCAUUUCGGCAGGGGGCUCAGUCGCCGCCGCGAAGCGUCUCAUGGAUGGCGAGGCCGACAUUGCCAUCAACUGGGCCGGUGGGUUGCACCACGCGAAGAAGCGCGAGGCCUCAGGCUUCUGCUACAUUAACGACAUUGUCCUCGCCAUUCUCGAGAUGCUCCGUACCGUCCCUCGGGUGCUCUACAUCGACAUCGACUGCCACCACGGCGACGGCGUCGAGGAAGCGUUCUACACCACCGACCGCGUUAUGACCUGCUCCUUCCACAAGUUCGGCGAGUAUUUCCCCGGCACCGGCACGAACCGUGACAAGGGCCGCGGCCGCGGCCUCGGCUACUCGCUCAACGUCCCCUUGCGCGACGGCGUCACCGAUGAGGCGUACCAGAGCGUGUUCCGGCCGGUUAUCGACAAGAUCCUCGAGGUCUUCCGACCGAGCGCGGUCGUGCUUCAGUGCGGGGCGGAUUCGCUGUCUGGGGACAAGCUCGGAUGUCUAAACCUCACCAUGCAAGGUCACGCGAGCUGUGUCCAGUAUAUGCGGGAGAAGAACAUCCCAUUGAUGCUCCUGGGAGGCGGCGGAUACACCGUCAAGAACGUUGCGCGAACAUGGACGUAUGAGACGGCUUGCGCGCUUGGCAUGGAGAACGAGAUCGACCUCAACCUACCGUGGAACGAGUACUUUGAAUGGUUUGGACCCCGAUACCGGUUAGAGGUCGCUGAAAGCAACAUGGACGACAUGAACCUCAGAGACGGAUGGCUUGACGAACUACGCUUUGGAUCAACUUGCUCAGUACGGCCCGCGCCGUCCGUCGGGCUGCAAGAUGUUCCGAGAGAAUCCGUCGGCGAGCACCUAGGCAUUGGCAGUGUGUACGAGCAAGCACCGCUCGACGAUCUAGAUGAGCAACUUGCCCAGCACACCCGAUUCGUGUAUCACCUUCAAGAGACCGCACGCCAGUCCUCUUCCUCUUCCUCGUCCGACGCCGACGACUCGGACGCAGACUCGGACACGUCUGCCUCGCGCACGCGCCGCGCGCGGAGCGGCAAGACGCGCAUGAGCCUACUCACAGGCCAGUUUUUCGACGUCCCGCGCCUCGAGGAGCGCGGGCACGGCUACUACGACCUCGGGUGCGGGCACGAGCCGUGGGCGGCGAGCGACGUCGCGCGCGGCACGCGCCGGCACUUUUUCCGGGGCGCGGCCAAGUGGGAGGCGGUCGCGCAGCGGAUCCUCGCCGAGCGCGCGCAGGCGGGGGUGGGCGCUAUGGUCGUGGACGUCGGGCGGGCGAUGAUGCUCGGGGGGCGCGACGAGGAGCAGGCGUUCUCGGAGCAAGGGGAGGACGUGGACAUGGACUCAGAAGACGUCUCGGUGUCGUAA